AUGCGGGGGCGCAGCAGUGUGCUGGCCCGGCGCAUCCCCGGCACGGGCGUGCGAGGGGAGGAGCAGGUGGGGCGGGUGCGGCGGCAGCUGGCGUGCCUGGCGGGCAGGGAGGGCGGGCGGUGGGCGCUCAACAGCACCCCCAGGUGGCUGCCGUGGGAUCUGACUGCCUCGCGCCACCACCAUUCAGCCCGCCACCCCAACCACCGCUCCUGCGACCAGCUCUGGGCCAAAGAGGAGGGCGGGGUGUACGGGGCAGCAGCAGAGAAGGCCAGGAGGCGGGGGGAUGCAACACGGUGGCGGGUGAGGCGAGCAGCGCUCUACGAGUGGCAGUCGGGCGACGCCUCCUGCCCUCUGCUACCCUUCCAACGCACCGCCUUCUGCCGGGCUGUGCGCGGCAGGAACGUGGUGGUGGUGGGGGAUGCGGGCGCGCUGGAUUUACAUGAUGCGCUGCUCAACCACCUCGUCACUGCCCACACCCGCCGCAUUGCUGAACCCCUUGGGGAUGCCUGGGCCAAUGCCACAGAAGGCGCUUGCUACGAAGCAGGCCACCCCCUCUGCACAGACGUGCGCCUCUCGCUCUCCUCAACUGUUGUGACACUUGAUGCAUUGUCUGCUGUCAACAACCGAUGGGUCAAGAAGCUAAGGCGCUGGCGCACUGGCAUUCUGAUUCUCUCCCGCACCGCGCGAUACAAGAGCAAGCGCACGUUACUAAGGGAGUUACGGGCCACACUGAAGGCGGUGAGGCAGCGGCACCCCAAUCUGCUCAUCCUCUGGCGCAACUCACCAGCGCCGCACGAUGACUGUGAUGAUGCCACGCUGCCCCUCCGCCGCCGCCCCCUCGCCUCCUCGUCCCGGCACCGCGAGAUGAACGAGAUUGUCAAGCCGCUGCUCGAGGAGUACGGAGCGGUGUAUAUGGACGUUGACGCGGCCACCUCGCUUCGCCCUGACGGGCACCAUGUGAGGAGGGACGGGUCGGUGGACUGCCAGCGCUACUGCAUGCCCGGCCCGCUGGACCAGUGGGUGCACCUGCUCUUCAACCACCUCCUCCUCCUCAACCGCCACACCCCCCUGCCCUCCCGCUCCCCACAAUCUCACGCUGCUCCUGCUGCUGCUGCUGCUGCUGCCGCUUCUGCGACUCUGGCUGGUCUGGGUUUGGUGGCAGGGGGUAAAGGGGGGAGCAGCUCUGAGAGUGGUGGUGCUGGGGAUGGUGGUGAUGGUGGUGCUGGCGGUGCUGGUGCCAGUGAUGGUGGUGAUGGUGCUGGGGUGGGUGGUUCUGGCAGUGGCGAGAGAGGGGAAGGUGGAGAGGACAGGGCGGGCAGUGGGAGUGAAGGGAAGGAGGGUGUGGAGGGGAGAGGAGGGGAGGGCGAGGAGGCGAAAGAAGGGGAGCGUUCAGGAGUUGAUGGGGCGGAGGGAGGAGACGGUGGAGGGAAGAGGGGCGGCGAGGGCGAGGGUGGGGAAGGCGAGGGGGAGAGGGUAAGUGGGAAGGGAGAGAGUGAGGAAGGUGGUGAGGUGGGAAGUAGUGGAGGCGGGACUGAGGGGGACGAGAGUGGGUUGGGCGGGAAGAGAGUUGAUGAGGGGACGUUUGAGAGGGGAGAGGAGGAGAGUGGAGGGGAGGAGGGUGGAGAGGAGGAGGAGGAGGGAGGUGAGGGAGGAGGAAAGAGUGGAGGGGACGAUGAUUUGGGGGGAAAGAAGGUGGAUGAAGGAACGUUUGAGAGGGGGGAGGAGGAGGGUGAGGGUGAGGGUGAGGAGGAGGGAGAGAGUGAGGGAGGAGGAAAGAGCCGAGGAGAUGAGGGAUUGGGAGGAGAGAAGGUGGAUGAGGGGACGUUCGAAAGACAAGAGGAGGGCGAGGGUGAGGGUGAGGGUGAGCGUGAGGGUGAAAGGAAGAAUGGGAGGAGAGGGGGGAGCGGAUGGGAGGACGAGCUGGAAGGGGCAAAGGUGGAUGAGGGGACGUUUGAGAGGAAAGAGGAGGAGGGCGGGGGGGAGGGGGAAGGGGAAGGGGAAGGUGAAGGGGAGUUGGGCGGAGGUAAGGUGGACGAGGGGACGUUUGAGAGGAAGGAGGAGGAGGCAGAGGGAGAGGAGGGGGCGCGGAAGGGGGUUGCGGAGGGGGAUGCGGAUCUGGGAGGGGCAAAGGUGGGAGACGGCACGUUUGAGAGGCAGGAGGAGGGCGGACAGGCAGGGCAGGAAGGGGAGGGGAGGGGAGAGGCGGGGGGAGAGGCGGGGGGAGAGGCGGGGGGAGAAGCGGGGGGAGAGGCGGGGGGAGAAGGUGAAAAGCGGAGCGGAGAGCUGGGUGGAAUGGAUGUCGGGGAUGGGACUUUUGAGCGCAGUGAAGAGGGAGGGGAAGGGGAACAGCCCGCAGGGGGAGGUGGUGGUGGUGAUGCUGGCAGUGGGGGUGGGGGGAAGGGGCAGCAGCAGGAUGGGGAGGGGCAGAGAGGAGGAGAGGGAGAGGGGAACGAGGCGAAGGCCAAAGAAGAAGCAACGGCAACAGCGGCAGCAGCAGAGAGUGAAGAGCCCAUGCUAGAUCACAUCCCUGGCAGCAUGGUAAAGGGCAGGGCGGCAGUGGAGGCAGUUCAUCGAGCGCUGGAGUGUGUGGUGAAGGACGGGCGGUGGAAGGCGAAUGAGGAGAUGCGAGUGCUGCCGUGGAACCGCAACCCCAACAGCGACCCGCAGCUGCCCAACUAUGGCACCUGUGACGUGCUGCACGAGACCGAGUGA